UAAGUGGGGCAAGUUUCGCGCCAAUUUCCUGAAGUACUUGAGCCGAGAAAGUAAUUUUGAUGAUAUAAAUACGGAAGCUGAUCUGAAUCCAGCAUCAGUUCUCCAGGAUCUGUCGACGUAGUCGCAACAACAGUUGGAAUUAUUCAAAAUGGUUGCGAAGUUCGUUGCUUUCCUCGCCCUCGUGGCCGCGGCCGCCGCCAGCACCGCUGACGUCACCAGCUUCUCAUACGACGUCGCCGACCCCUACACCGGCGACUUCAAGAACCAGGCCGAGACCCGCAUCGGGAACAACGUCGCCGGACAAUACUCCCUCCUGGAGUCCGACGGCACCCGCAGGACUGUCGACUACGCUGCCGGCGCCGGCGGCUUCAACGCUGUCGUGAGGAAAGACCCUGCACUGAUCGCUGCUGCCCCGGUCAUCGCUGCUAAAGCCAUCGCCCCUAUUGCCCCUAUCGCCGCGUACAACGCUCCUCUGUCAUAUGCCGCCUCCCCCCUAGCUUACUCUUCUCCUCUCGCAUACUCUUCGCCCCUAGCCUACUCGGCUCCUCUCGCCUACUCCGGCUAUGGAUACGGCUCCCCCUACGCCUACGGAAAAUUCUACUAAAUAAACGACUUUACGAUCAUGGUACCUGACUUGUAAAUAUAGCGAUAGACCAGUGGAA